ACUGUGCAAAUAUUCAUUCAAAGUUCUCUAUCUCUCUACCUUUGUGUGUGUGUGUGUGUGUGUUCAGCGUACAUCGAGGACGUUGCACGCUGUGUGGAUCAGAGCAAGCGCCUCAUCAUCGUCAUGACGCCCAGCUAUGUGGUGAGGAGGGGGUGGAGUAUCUUUGAGUUGGAAACGCGGCUGCGCAACAUGCUGGUGACGGGUGAGAUCAAAGUCAUCCUCAUCGAGUGCGCCGAGCUGCGCGGCAUCAUGAACUACCAGGAAGUGGAGGCCCUCAAACACACCAUCAAGAUGCUGACGGUCAUCAAGUGGCGCGGGCCGUCCAGCAACAAGCUCAACUCCAAGUUCUGGAAGCAGCUGCUCUACGAGAUGCCCUUCAAGCGCAUGGAGCCCCUCAGCAUUUCCCACGAGCAGGUGCUGGAUGUCAGCGAGCAGGGCCCCUUCAGCGAGCUCCAGACCGUCUCGGCCAUCUCCAUGGCGGCGGCCACCUCCACCGCCAUGGCGACCACACACCCGGACUUGCGCUCCACCUUCCACAACUCUUGCCACACCCAGAUGAGGCAGAAACACUAUUACCGUAGCUACGACUACGACCUGCCGCCUGGCGGCACCCUCCCGCCGCUCUCCACGCUAGGCAACCAGCACACCUACUGCAACAUCCCCAUGACGCUCAUCAACGGACAGCGACCGCAGUCCAAGUCGCCGCGACAACAGAGUAUAGAGGAGGCUCACGGCAACAACGCCAUGCUGCCGCUGCUGCCAAGAGAGACCAGUAUAUCCAGCGUGAUCUGGUGACAGAGACUGAGCCGUGCGGGGUAAACUCUGGAUCUUAAAGAUGUCCGUCACAGGGAGGACUCACCACUGGCACUCGGACCCUGAACGCACCAGAGCCAGGCGGCGCUGAAGGGCACUAACGUUACUCGCUGCUGUUGAAUUUGCACCAGGAAACACCCGGAGGACAAAGAGGGCGCGGCGGGCACGGCUGGACACAUCGGUGGCAGAAAGUUUAGUUUUGGUCCAAUAAGAGCUUUCAUUGAAACUGAAGAAGAAGACAAAAGAAGCGAGGAGAACUUGUUUUUGUAUGCCUGUAUAAACACUCACGUAACACAAGCCAACACCUACGAUCAUUUACCCAGAGAGUCAAGGAAUACAGGGUCCUGUACAUACGUUUUUCUAAUUCUUUGUAGCAUCAGUGUUUGGGACUUGUUUCUUGUUUAUCUUUUAACAUCAGUUGGGACUCUUAACUUUUUGAUUUCUUUGGUUUCAGUUUGUGCAAAAGUGAAGACAUUGGCCUGUGAGAUGUUAUUCGGGAUAAACCGUUGUUACCUUUAUCUUAAUUUGUUGGCUGGUGUAGUUUAUAACGUUUUAACAGGGAGGGUAGAAGAUCCAGCUGGCCGGAGAUGGAGGACGAUUCGGUUUUUCGGAUUUCAUCUCCAGCGGCUUCUGUAAGGGUUGAGAAUUUGGACUCAACCAGAUUAUGCAAAACAUGGCGUCCAGAGAGCGAGAGGAGAUUGAUUUCCUGAAUUGGGGGAAGUGGAAUCUGUAACGAGGGGGUUUGAAGAACAUGGUGCUAGGCUUCACAUCUCUCUGUUUCUCACACGAUAACUUUUACUUUGAAAAAAAAAAAAAGACAAAAAAACAGCCUUGCUAUUUACCUUAACAGAUGAAUAUAUCACCGAAAAAUUAAUGAUGUGUAUUAUUUUAUGAAAGAAGAAGAGUCUAUUUUUGUAACGGAGGGAUAUUUGCUUAGAGACGUUAUAACUCUGACAUGAGACGUAAUCAUGUUUUGUUAUGUGGAACUGCACAGCUCACAUAAAAAAAAAAUGGUCAGCUCAUUCACUAAAUGUCUUACCCUUAAUAUCGCAAGAGGAAAAAAAAAAGUUUGUGUUGUCAUGAUUUAAAACAAAAAAAAAAAAGGACUUUUGACAUUUUCAAACUCCACACGGGUCGCAGCUCCGAGGGCUUCUCAUGUUUUUGUUGAUUUAACAGUUAUGGCGGGUGUCUCAGUUGAUUGGACGGUGAUGGAGCUGCUCUAUUGAUGAUGUCAGAACAAAUGGAGGAGAGGGGAAGCUGUGAGUGUUACCUGAAGCAUUUUGACUCCACCCGGUUUCCUGUGGGACCAAACGAGGCCGUCCAGGUCUCAAACGUUCUCUCUGUGUCCUACAUGUCCUCUUGAAUGACAGCUUGUUAUGUGUUUCCCAACAGGUCAGUUCAGUUACGCUCUCAGGUUUAUCAUCACAGCCCGAUUCUGACCGCUGUGAGGACGAGAUGUGAAUAAAACCACCAACAAGAUCUUAAUCGACCCCCAAGCUGUCAGCUCGGUGAGUUGCUUCAAAAUAUGACGAUGUAGGUACCCUUACACUAUCCCGUUCUUCUGGGUCCAUAUCCCUUGAGUUAUUUCAUCCCUCCAGCCUGAAUCAUCAUUUCUACCUGUUAUGUUACCUUUGAUCUCAAACAAGUUGUGCAUUGUCGGGUUUUAAAGUUGACCCACUGUGUCGCAGUAACAGAGUGAGAGAGGCUUUAAAUCACAUUUUGAAUCUCUCACUCUUUUUUUUUUUUUAGAAGUUUCACAGUAUUUUAAAAAACGGUACACUCGCACCAGACGUGUUCUUUUCCACAAAACCGUUCUUGUAAUUCGACAUUUUUCAGUGCCUGCCUUUAACUUCUCAUUAAAAUGAAAAGCUGGAGGAGAACGGGGGUUUUGAAAUGACACCAGUGUGGUACCUACAGCGUCAUAUUUUGAAGCAGCGGGCCUCUGACUCGGCUGCCAUAUUUGACGCUGGGCGGGCGAACAUGCUGCUGAAAAACCUGAAAGCAGAUGCUGACUCGAUGAUACUAAUGGUGGUUUUAGAUAACGUUACCAGUUGUAUCUUUGAGCGACUGACCACUGGUAAUCAUGGGAUAUAUUACCAUCUUAACCAGUAGGCUUUUAGAAUGAAACCCAAUUAAUGUUGAGAUCAGACGAGUUACUUCAAGUAAGUCAGACCAAAGCGAGCUACAGGGAACCAUCUUCA